AAAGGAAAGUUUUGAGAAUCUGGGGAGGAAAGUUUAGUGUUGGGCUGCAUGAAUACUGAACCUCCCCCAGCCUGUCCAUCUGCCUCUCCUCCCUCUCCACCCCCUUCAGUCUACAGCACUCAGGGACUGCUCUUUUUUCCUGGGGAGAGUGCUAUAACCACUUUUCCACCUCCCAUCCCUAACAAAAAACAUUAAAAUAAAUUAGAAACAAUCCCUGCAGCAUCUGUUAAAACUUCUAAAUUCAACUUCUGAUUGAUGAAAAGUGAUUUUGUUGUGGAGGCUUCAACCUGUUUCCAUCACUGCUUCUGUCUUCAGCUGGAGUUUCUGUUUGUCACGUGAUCUCAUCAUGUAUUUGGAGAACAAAACCAACCUGGAGAUUGAAAUGUCUCAGACCUCAGCUGCAGGCCACCAUCAGGGCAGGAGCAGCCUGAGGUCACCUGAGGCCGUUGCAGGAAACUUUGGGGAGCUGCGCCUGCUGCAGGGCAUCUCAGAGCGGGGCGACACCCAGAAGCUGCAGCAGUCUGCUGUUCUGCCCUCAGGACAGUGUGUUAUCCACACAGAGGUCUUCGGCCCUGUUCGACAAGAGGACGGUUUCAGGCAUAACUUCAACGCUGUCAACUUUCUCAGAGGAAAAACAAAUUCAGCUAAUCUGACAGAGAGGUCUCCUCUGCUGAGAUUCUCCCAAAAUGACAGCCUUACCUAUAUGACUGUACACGAGCCCAGCUUUGUGGGAGUGGAGGAGCCAUGGGACACCUGCUCCUUGGACAUCGAGAGACGAUACCGGCUGGGCAGUGAGGUGGCCGGCCUGUCACGUUCUAACUCUUCAGAGAAGUACGACGCCCUGGAAAAUCUCAAUCGCAGCUUCAGACUCAACAGCAGCGUCAAAUGCUGCCUCAGAGUCUCCAAAAUUGCCACCAUGUUUGCUAUCGUUGUUCUUUGCAGUCUGUUUUUCAGUAUGUAUCCAGAUCGGGACAACCCCUGGAAGAUGUUGGCAGUCUCUCCAUCAGACAGCUUUUCCAUGAAUGUGACUGACUUUCGGGACAAUGCCUUGCUGAAGCUGCAGGUGGCAGGACCUUUUGCCAGAGGGCUUUUAGACCCAACCCCCCAGGACUACAUCCUGAUCCAGGUGGAACAGAGUGAGCAGCCAGGUCCACGGAGAAGGAGGACACAGCAGGUGACUCAUAAUUGGACCGUCCCUCUACAUGCAGAACGAAGUGACCAGAUAAAAAUAAGCAAAACCUUUGAGAUGCUCAGCAGCGAUCCUAUCGUCAUCACCAUCCAGGCCUUCCUGCAAGAUAACGAGGUUGUGCCAUUGUCCAUGACCCACCAAUCGCUCUACGUCACCAAGGAGACACAGGUGGCCAUCGCUGGAGUCAUCCUGGCUGGGGUCUAUGUCCUCAUCAUCUUUGAGAUUGUGCAUCGCACCCUGGCUUCCAUGCUAGGAUCCUUAGCAGCGUUAGCUGCUCUGGCGAUCAUUGGAGAUAGACCCAGUCUGGUCACGGUGGUAGAGUGGAUCGACUACGAGACACUGGCUCUUCUGUUUGGCAUGAUGGUGCUGGUGGCCAUUUUUUCAGAGACCGGCUUCUUUGACUACUGUGCGGUAAAGGCUUACCAACUAUCCCGAGGACGGGUGUGGCCGAUGAUCAUCAUCCUGUGUCUGAUUGCUGCCAUUCUGUCAGCUUUUCUGGACAACGUGACCACUAUGAUGCUUUUCACACCCGUCACCAUAAGGUUGUGUGAGGUGCUUAAUCUGGACCCCAGACAUGUCUUGAUUGCAGAAGUAAUCUUCACCAACAUUGGAGGGGCCGCCACAGCUGUCGGAGAUCCACCCAAUGUGAUUAUAGUAUCAAACCAGGGCCUGCGCAGAGAAGGGAUCGAUUUUGCCAGCUUCACAGGCUACAUGUUCCUCGGGAUAUGCCUCGUCCUUUUCACCUCAUUUCCUUUCCUGCGGCUGCUCUACUGGAACACAAAACUUUACAACAAAGAAUCCAUUGAAAUUGUUGAACUCAAGCAUGAGAUCCUGGUUUGGAGGCAAGCAGCUCAGCGUAUUAACCCCGCCAGUCGAGAGGAAACAGCAGUCAAAUGCCUCCUGAUGCAAAAAGUUCUCAACCUGGAAAAUCUGCUCCGCAAGAUGAUGAAAACAUUCCAAAGACAAAUUUCUCAGGAGGAUAAAAACUGGGAGCAAAACAUUCAAGAACUUCAGAAGAAGCACAGGAUAACUGACCGGGUCCUCCUGGUGAAGUGUGCCUCCGUCCUCUCUGUGGUGAUCUUCAUGUUUUUUCUCAACUCCUUUGUUCCCAGCAUCCACCUUGAUCUCGGCUGGAUUGCCAUCCUCGGUGCUCUUUGGCUUUUGGUUCUGGCCGAUGUUCAGGACUUUGAGAUCAUCCUCCACCGGGUUGAAUGGGCCACACUGUUGUUCUUUGCUGGGCUUUUUGUUUUGAUGGAGGCAUUAGCCCAGCUGCAGCUCAUCGACUACAUUGGAGAGCAGACAGCGCUGCUUAUAAAAGCGGUACCAGAAGACCAGCGCUUGGCUAUAGCCAUUAUCCUGGUGAUGUGGAUCUCCGCUCUGGCCUCCUCCCUCAUUGAUAACAUCCCCUUCACUGCCACCAUGAUUCCAGUUCUCAUCAACCUGAGUCAGGACUCGGAUGUGAACCUGCCAGUAAAACCGCUCAUAUUUGCUUUGGCUAUGGGAGCCUGUCUUGGAGGAAACGGUACAUUGAUUGGAGCUUCAGCCAAUGUUGUGUGUGCAGGGAUUGCCGAACAACACGGAUAUGGCUUUUCCUUUGUGGAGUUUUUCAAAUUGGGAUUCCCCAUGAUGGUAAUAACAUGUUUGAUUGCCAUGUGCUACCUGCUGGCCACCCACAUAGGACUGGGCUGGAACAUGUGAGCCAUGUCUGUCGGCAGAUCCAGAGACUGUGGGUUCUUCAUAAAUGGGAUAUUUUACAUCAGCCUUUGAUCAGAUUACAAAUGGUACAUGAAAUGCUGCAGCCACAUCUUCCUAUAAAAGAUGGAGAAGUGUCUCUGUGUAAAGUUUUACCACCAGGGACCUGAUUUACCAGAGCUUUGACCAAAAUCUUGACACUUACAUUUGUCUUUGGUCUGGACAAAACUAACUUGAUAACUGUGUACAUGGUGCUAUGGCUUCAGUGGGAACAAGCAUCCAUGCUGACACUGAUUUUAAAUAAAAACAACCCGCUGAAAGGGAUUUUAUAACAUCUGAUGUCUGCAUUUCUCUGCUAAAUUCCUGAGUAACAACAGGCAGCAGAGGAAGUAGAAGUGAGGUGCAGUUUCCUCAGCUGAUUCAGACCUGUUAAUCAUAUUUAAUGUAGGACUAGUGAUCAUGUAAAACAUUUAACAGACAACGUCCUUUUAACUAGUUAAGUUAGGACUGUUAUGGGAAUAAUUGUACAACUCAACCUGAACAUUAUCUGUGUUUAAUAAAUUCACUUUUCAGAGAUUACAUGAACAACAAA